UCCAGCCUUGAUCCAUUCAAACAUCUGUUCUCUCUGUAUCCCCCUCUUGUGUGUUCUCUGUCUUCUGUGUCCUGCAGGCACGCGUCCCCAGGCUGUAGGGGCCCGUGGGGGUUGGGGGCCCUUUGUGUGAGGGCCAAUAAGAGUGUGGCGUGUGCCGGACUCGGAGUAUAUAACCCCACACACGUCCGUGAGCAGCACAGCCCCGUGUGUGGAACUACAGGACCCUCAUCACCUCCUCUGACUAAAGCUCAAGUCUGACCUCAACAUGCAGUGUCCUGGGAAGGUUCUGAAGGAGGCGCUGCUGUGUGCCCAGAGCGAAGAGCGCCUCACUGUGGGAGUGUACGAGAGCGCCCAAGUCAUGAACGAAGACCCGGACAGCGUGUCCUUCUGCGUCCUGGCCAUGGACGAGCAGUUCCAGUGGGACGUGGCUCUGCAGAUCCACUUCACUCUCAUCCAGUCCUUCUGCUUCGACAACGACAUCAGCAUCGUGCGCGUGAGCGACCGCCAGCGUCUGCACGAGCUGGUGGGGCGCAAAGACGAGGAGGCGCACUGCGUCCUGAUCACGGGGCCGUGCGAGGGCUCGUGGGACGACCCGUCUCUGGAGAAGCUGCGCGUGUUCUGUGAGGAGAGCCGCGCCCUCAACGACUGGCUGCCCGAGAUCAGCCUGCCCGCGCGCUGA